AUGUACAGGAACGUAAGAAUGCCUGUCAGAGUAUUAUAUCAGAGUUCAUGUAUCUGUAUAGGAUUGUUUUAUGAAGCCGAAAGACAAGUUUAUAAAUUCAGAGACAGGAUGUUUAGAUUGGAAAUUUCCAGAAGGGAAAGAAUACUAGAUGAGGCUGCUGAAAGAGGCAUCUUUUUAGAAGAAAGUAUUUCUUCUGGGUCCUCAGCACCUUCUGACACUGGGAAGUAA